CUGAUUGAUGGCAGGCUGAACUCCCCGAGCACGUCGGCGAUCACGCUAGAAAUGAUGGGACACCGCCUGCAUAUUUCUCAGGACCCUAACUCUAAGCACCUUGGGACUACGGUAUGGGACUCAUCAAUGGUGUUUGCCAAAUUCAUGGAAAAGAAUAGCAGGAAAGGCAGGUUUUGUCCAUCUAAACUGAAAGGAAAACGGGCGAUUGAGUUAGGAGCUGGUUGUGGCCUUGCCGGGCUCGGAAUGGCGUUGUUGGGCUGUGACGUUGUUACGACCGACCAAGUUGAGGUGCUCCCGCUGCUCAUGAGGAAUGUUGAACGCAACAAAUCGUGGAUCGCACAGUCGAAUCCUGACUCAGGUUCCUUCGGCAUGGUUACGGUUGCAGAACUGGAUUGGGGAAACAAAGAACAUAUCAGAGCCGUUGAACCUCCAUUUGAUUACAUCAUUGGUACUGAUGUUGUUUAUUCAGAACAUCUAUUGCAACCUCUACUGGAGACAAUUAUUGCACUAUCUGGUCCCAAGACAAAAGUAUUGCUAGGACAUGAGAUCCGUUCUACCACCGUCCAUGAACAGAUGAUGGAGAUGUGGAAAAGCAACUUUGAUGUGAAAACUAUAUCUAAAUCGAAGAUGGAUGCUAAAUAUCAGCAUCCUAGUAUAAAUCUUUACAUGAUGGACCUCAAAGCUCCACAUGUCCUCGAUGCUGGACCCAACGAUAAUGGUAUCACCGAGGAGGAGGAUGACGAUGCCUCCAACCCAGGAGGAGAAUAUGAAGAUCCAGGAGUGAAGACUGAAUCUUGUGCAGCUUCUGAGGAAGCGGAACACGGAAACAUGGACGACUGGGAAAUCAGAAGGUCCGGGGCUAUGGCUGCAAGACUUCUCAAGGAUGUGAAGCUAACAUGAGUUGGAUACGAUGAAUGACUUUAUAAUUGAUGUUGUGCUUUUUUGUUUGUGCCAUGAUUAUUGCUCUCUAGUGAAGAUGGACAUCAUUUAUUUUUUAAUUUUAUUUCCCUUGUCAGAAAAAGGUGUACCCUGAUUUCUACUAGUUCAAGCCCCAUGUAAUUCUGGAGCGACACAUUUGCUGUAUUUGCUGUAAAAUGUGUCGAAUGCUGGCUAUAACUCACCAGAGUGAAAUCCGUCUCA